ACAUUUACAUUGUUUUGCAUUUAUAAUGUGAUACUUAGCGAUCAUCUACUAAUAUAAAUAGUUAAAUUAUGCGGAUGUAUAAAAAUCAAGAUGUAAAAAUGAAAUUAUUCUGGCUUAAAAUUCUUGUCAAUAUAAAUAAACAAACAAUGAUCAAGGUAGUUCGAGUGUAACCAUGUUUCAUUCAUCUGGAAGAUAACAGAUAAAACAGAAAAUAUGUCAACUUCUUUGAUGGUUUUGCUUAAAUUUCACACUACUGAGAUAUAUCACAUUCUUUUAGUGCCAAACAGACAUUGUGGAUACAAUUUUUCACUUAACUAUUAAUUAAAAUCAUGUUUCAAAAAUGAAACAACAAACAUUUCCUACAUUCUUCUGUUUGUUUAAUUUUAUGUUUAAUGCCGGUGUGUUUACUUUUCAAUCUGAAUUAAAGAUUUAUCAUUCAGACUUAAUCACUUCAAACACAUUCCAAUCACGUCAGUAUGAGAAUGAUGAGAAUCUGGUUAAUGUUAAUGAAUCUCUCAAUGGUAAAAUAAUGUUUUCAAAUCAGAUUAAUAGAACAAUGAAUUCAAGGACUUUUAAUUCUACAUUACUGUACACUAUGAAUAAUAAUAAUGACGAGUUUGAUUUUCAGUCACCCACCAUGAACAAAAGAAUCAUUGAAGGCGUUCUAAAACUUCUAAUAAAAUUUGCUGCCAAUAGCAGUACAUCAUAUUUUCAUUAUUCAAGAAAUCGUUUAAGACGCUCAUUAUCUUCUUCAGACUACUUGUCUUCCACAUCAUCAUCAAUGUUGCCACCAAACUCAUUGUCUUCAACUAUUGCUUCAGACGAUUUAGACUUUGUUCAUGUUAAAAUUCAAGGAAUUAUAUUCGAUGUGAAAUUUCAACGUCCUGACUACAAGUCAAAUGGUGCAGUACAUUUACGUAAUCUCAUGAAACCAUAUCCUCAUUUAUUACUAGAUCCACAUUAUGCAGAACAAGUCAUUACAGCCUAUAAUCCUCUAGUUAUGCAAAAUCAAAUAUGUAAAGAAUUUGAACAAAACCAAUCUAGUAAUUAUGUUGCUAAUAGUUUCUUCAUUGUAAAUGAUAUUGGUGCGCUUGUUGAUAGACCAAUGCAUGACAGACUGCACAGAUUGUUCUUUCAAAUCACAUCUGCACUUGGUAUACCGAGUAUCACGUGGUUGCCAAAUAGAGUUGGACAAUUUGAGCUUGAUGAUUCACAAUUAGCCAUUCGAUUAGAACCUUUAACAUGGCAUGUUGCAAGAGCAUUGGUUGAUUUUAUGCAUGCGUACAAAUGGAAUCUUGUAAUUAUGGUCUACAAUACACAAGUACCUGGAUCAGAUGUAUUAGUUGAAGAAAUUAGAAAACUGCAAGUUGAACGAAGUGCACAAGAUCAUCCAAAUUAUUUUGAAUUUGAAAUAAAUUAUCAAUUUCCUUUUGAAGGAUUGACUUCUAUUGAAUUUACAGAGUGUAUAAAUCAAAUGUUAAGAGAGAUUCGACCAUGUUUAAUACCCUUAAUUAAUAUUUUAGAAAGUAUAUGGCGCGCCGAUGCAAGAGUUAUUAUAUUCAAUGGGAAUUUCUUUGAUCUAAAUACACUGCUUUAUAUAGCAGAUAGUUUGAAUGGUACAAAACAUGAACAUUUGAAAGCAUUAUUUGGUGAAGACUAUGUCUGGAUUUAUACACCGUCAACAAUGAGUUCCCUAACGGUAGCUGAUAAUCAAGACAAAGUAUCAUCUGAUAAUAACGUUCUUGCAGAAUCGACAAUGUUUAAAAAAAUCCCCGGGAUGUUUGGUUUAAUUUGUUUAAAUGAUCAUUCCAGUCGUAGAAGAAGUGCUGAAAUAGCACGAGAAGUUUGGCAAAAAUCAAUGAUUGAAUUAAUUUAUCAGUUGACUCAAAUCUAUCCACCAGACAAAUCAAUACAAAUCGAUACGCCAAAUAGAGAUACAUUAAUUUAUUUUAAACAGAUUUUAGAGAAGCUUAGACCUGUUAAAUUAUGUCAAUUUUCCGACCAUUUAAGUUGGCAAUGGGGAAGAAGAAUGUAUGACAUUAUGCAUACAAUUGUUGUAAAUGUAGAUAAUGAACCGAUAAGUUUUUUACCGAAUGGUGGAUUAAAUGUUUCUAAAUUAUUUAUUUAUAAUUCAAGAAUUAUUGACGGUCGAAUGAAAUGGUAUAAGGUUGGAACAUGGUCAAUGAGCAGUAAAUGGGGUAGAAGUAAAUCAAGAUUAAGAAUAGAUGGUGUAACAUGGCCUGGUGCAUCGAAUUCUCCACCUAAAGGUCGACCAAGUAAAUUCAAACUACGUGUAGUAACUAUUAAAGAAAUACCAUUUGUUAUUUAUACCAAAGCCCAAGAAGGAGGAACAUGUGAUGCGAAUUCCAUUCCGUGCAAACUCAGACCACAGUCUUUACAAGAUGAAGAUAUUUCUGGAAAGAAUUCAAUCAUCCAUAAAACUUUAAGUCCACUUGGUUUAAAUUCUUAUACUAAAGAUGUCAACAAAAAAAAUAAACCAGAAUCGCUAACUGCAAAUGUUAGCAAUUUGUUAGAAUUAUAUAAUGUAAAUGAGAAUAAUUCAAUUAGUUAUGUAGAUGGUUGUUGUUCCGGACUGACAAUGGACUUACUAAUGGAAUUAAUGAAAGACUUGAAUUUCGAUGUUGAAAUGUAUGAAGUUAAGGAUGGUUUCUGGGGGGCUUGGACACCAGAUGGAUGGAAUGGUAUUAUACGUGAUCUAAUGGACAAUAGAGCUGAUAUGGCAGUAACAUCAUUGAAGAUCACACCUAAUCGAUCCCAGCAAAUUGAAUUUAGCGUACCAUUUCUAGAAACAGGUAUAGCAGUUGCAGUGGCUUUAAGAGAAGGUGCUAUAGCUCCGACAGCUUUUUUAAAACCGUACGAUUAUCAAUGCUGGUGUGUAAUCCUGGUAUUCAGUGUACAUGCAACAGGUGCAGCAUUGUACAUUUAUGAAUGGUUUAGUCCAAAUGGAAUGAAUCGUGGACAUACAACAGAUCAAAAUCAUCGAUUUUCAUUUUUCCGUUCACUUUGGCUUAUCUGGUCAAUGUUAUUUGGCGCUGCCGUAAAUGCGGAUAAUCCAAGAGGAAUGGCUAGUCGGUUUAUGGCCAAUAUAUGGGCAUUAUUCGCUCUUGUAUUUUUAGCAUCGUAUACGGCUAACUUAGCGGCUUUUAUGAUUGCUAAAGAGGAUUAUUUUGACUUGAGUGGCAUAAAUGAUUGGCGUUUGCAGCAUCCAUGGAAUGUGAAACCUCCAUUUAGAUUUGCCACUAUACCAAGUGGUGCUACAGAAGAGAACAUCAAAAUCAAUUUUCCUGAAAUGUACAAAUACAUGAGAAAAUACAAUAAAUCCGAUGUUGAAGACGGUCUCAAGGCAAUGAAAUCAGGACAACUGGAUGCUUUUUUAUACGAUGCUAAUGUAUUGGAUUAUUGGGCAAUGAAAGAUGAAGGUUGUAAGUUACGUACAGUUGGAAAUUUAUAUGCAAUGACGGGUUAUGGAAUUGGUUUUGCUAAAAAUAGUCGAUGGUUAACGAAAGUUAAUUCACGCAUUUUGGAUUAUCAAAAAAAUGGAAAAUUGCAACGUUGGAAAAAAUUUUGGCAAACAGGUUCAUGCAAAAAAGAUGCUGCUGUUGGGAAUACAAAUAAGACAUUAGGAGUUAAGAAUUUUAUCAGUGCUUUCAUUCUACUUGUUUGCGGAAUGCUUAUUUGCACUGUAUUCUUGUUAAUUGAAUACACAUUCUAUUGGUAUGCAAAACCAAAAUUACAAAAAAUCAAUCAAGCCAAUUGGUUCGGUAGACUUAAUUUGACUGCGAAUCAUACAUGCUACUUGUCUGAACAAAAUAAUCAGAUUAUGAACGUAAAACUUGCUAAUUAUAAAUGUGAUAAUCCAAUUUGUGAUAUAAAAUCAAAAAACUAUGCUAAACAAGUUGAAUUAUUACAAAAUCAACUGGAUGAACUGCAAAAAUCUUUACAAAAGCAGAAUUCACCAAUUAAACAAUGCAAUAAUUUGCACGGGAAUCAUUUUCAGAAUAAAAUAAUAACAUUAGAUCCAUGUGAGUAUCCUAAGGGGAAAAAAAGAUCUACCAGGAAAUCAGGUCAAUCAUCUCAACCUAAAGUGCCAAAAAGUGAUAAUAAACAUAGACUAAAAAUGAAAAACCACUCCACCGCAAAGCCUAUUCUUAAUAACAAUGUUAAUAUUCAUACGAAAUUGAAUACAGAAGGUUAUCUAAAAGCAAUAACAGCCACAACCACUACUACUACUAUUACCACUCCAAGAAAGCACAUCAACCGAUUAUCGGAAGAUGCACAUCAUAAAGUAACUAUUAUACCCGUUGUUGAUCACUAUUCAAAUUAUAAUGAACAUGAAAAUUAUCACGCAAUAUCACCAAACAAUACAGAAAUACAGUAUGUGAUCCUACCAAAGUUAGAUUCAUCACCAAAUCGACGAAGACGAUUUAUUAAAUCGGAAUCGGUCGGUCCUUAUCGUAAUAUAUCAGAAUGUCAAACAAAUGUAUAUUUUGAUACAGUUGACAAUGUAACAACAUUAAACAAAACACAACCAUUUUUACGAGUAAUCAACCCAAAUGAUAAACUUAUUGAUUCUGAAGAAAAUAAUCCGGAUAAUUAUUUCAAUCACAAUCCAAUCGCUAAUACGAGUCAUUUGGAACAGCAUUCAUCUUUAACAAAUAUUUUAAGCAAAGUAGGUAAAAAUUUGAUAACAGUGAACUUAGAUCAACAAGAACAAGAACAACGUAGAACAAAUUGUCUAGUUGAGAAAGAAUCUGUUUUGUGAAAAUAAAGUUUACUUUAUAAAAAA